AUCACAUUAUAUAAGUCUGAUAGGAGGCGGAGGGGGGAGGUGCGGCGGAGGCGGCAAGGGGGUGGUGGUAUUUCGCUUCCCUUCCGGCUUCCGUUGGUCGGUUGAGUAUUUUUGCUGGUGGGAAGUGGGAACACUCAGUCGGACGGCAAAAACAGAAUUCACCGAUCUCUGUAACCUGGUCAGGACUCGAGGAGCGGGGAGGAGCAGUCCACUAGGAGAACCUCCGCCCCCUUCCCUCUCUAAUUCGUACUGGUAGUUGAAGAAGAGCAGCAUUCCUUGACACCUACUAUUUCUUUUUUAAUAUAACUUCGGAGUAUCGGGAGAUCCAGUUCAGGACUUGUCCCUUUUCCUUUUCCCCCGACCAGAGAAAAUGGAUUUGUCGAUCGUCGAGGGGUUCUCCAAGUCUCUGGCCAUGACUGUGCUUUCGGAGAUCGGUGAUAAGACGUUCUUCGCGGCUGCGAUCCUAGCAAUGAGACAUCCAAGGCGGAUCGUGCUAUUAGGUUGCCUUGCAGCCCUUACUGUAAUGACUGCUCUUUCAGUGCUCGUUGGCUGGGCAGUGCCAAAUCUGAUUUCUCGCAAGUGGACUCAUCAUAUAGCUACAUUGUUAUUCCUUGGUUUUGGAUUUUGGUCUUUAUGGGAAGGAUUUACCGAGGAAGGAGAGUCCGAAGAGUUAGCUGAGGUGGAAGCAAAGUUGGAUUCAGAUAUCACUGCCAAUAAAGGCAAUGGCAAGCCCAAUUCUAAGGAAGGUGCUGAUGAUACAAAGAAGCAAGAGAGACGGUUACUUGUUCAUCUGUUUUCACCUAUAUUCUUGAAGGCAUUUUCUAUUACAUUCUUUGGUGAAUGGGGUGACAAGAGCCAGCUAGCUACAAUCGGAUUAGCUUCAGAUGAAAACCCACUGGGUGUGGUUCUUGGAGGAAUCAUAGGUCAAGCACUGUGUACAAUAGCGGCUGUUGUAGGAGGGAAAAGUUUAGCAUCCCGGAUAUCAGAAAAAAUGGUGGCCCUCUCAGGAGGAGUUCUUUUCAUUGUCUUUGGGCUUCAGUCAUUUCUUUCUCCAAUAGAAGGCUCUUCAUAGCUGGCUGUUUUGUGAUCGACACGAUUCUUUCAACUCAUUCCCAUUAUUUGACACCUAGUUCAGGCUUCAGGCGCUCCAGCCUGUGAUUUGACAUACUAUAUACGCACAAUUGGCAUAGGCACAAGUCCAUUUGUCGCUCUUAGGAUGCAGAUGGUGAUGUGUUGCGUGCAUAAAUUUAGGUGGUGGGUAAACAAAAUUGUUCUUGUGGGAUGACUGUCUUUUUUGUGUAGAGAAUGUGUUUUUCCUUUC